UUUUUGUCGGCCAUAUUGAUUCGCAGCAGCUGAUUUCUGGCACAUUAGUACCGAACAAAAACUCAAAAAAGCGAACAUUUUAAUUUUUUAGAUUAAAAAUGCUGUCACGAAGGAUUACGGUUUUGGGUCCAAAAAUCAUCAAGAGGAACAUCGGAAUUACUGCACCUGCUUUGCAAAAGGCUACCGAUCCUAUUCAGCAAUUGUUUGUUGACAAAAUCCGAGAAUACAAGUCAAAGAGCUCGGGCGGUAAAUUGGUGGACCCAACGCCAGAAAUCGAGCGUGAAAGGAAACAAGAGUUGGAAAAGAUUGUGAAACAAUUUGGUGGAGAUGCCGGAACCGAUAUGACCCAGUUCCCUCAGUUCAAAUUCACAGAUCCAAAAGUGGAAGUUGAUGUCAUAACCAAGUGAAAUCAUGAAUAAAUUAUUGUUAUGUUGUAGAAUAAAAGGAAUGUAAGAUGAAUCCAAAAAAAA